AUGAUUAUUUAUGUUUUUCUGCUUUUAGUUGAACCUCAAAAACCGGUGAUUACUCGACAACCAUCUAGCCCAGUUCACGAAGGUGAAUUGAUAACAAUUGAAUGCCAGACCACAGGUGGUAAUCCAUCCCCUUCAUUUACAUGGGUUUUUAACAAUCGAACUGUCGUACCUGAAGAUUGGUAUCAAAUAAGGUCAUCUGUUUCUCCUGGUCGACCUUCUGUUUCCAUCCUUCAGUGGCGAGUGGAUGCGGAGGAUAAUGAGGCUUAUUUGAAUUGCCAGAUAUGGAAUGAAGCAAUGCCUAAGAACGAACAUAAAGAUGCAAGUACCACACGUUUAAACGUGCUGUACGGGCCGAGAGUUCAUGUUGGUCCACUGCAAGAAUAUCAUGUUGAAGAAGGUGAACGUGUGGAACUCUCAUGUACAGCUGAUGGUAACCCGACUCCGUCACUUUUCGAAUGGUAUCACAUCGCUACUGGUCAACGUUUUGCGGGAACAAAGUGGCAAUUUUUGGCUGAUCGAAGACACACUGGAGAUUUCCGCUGUACAGCAACAAAUUCAAUCGAAAGUAAUGCAAACAUGUUAACGUUAGAUGUUCAGUAUGGUCCAAUUGUGAAAGUUGAAGAAUUGCUAAACCCUGCAGAAGGCGAUACAGUAACAUUAGAAUGUGCAGUUGACGCAAAUCCACCUCCUAAUUCUAUUGUGUGGACUGCACCCAAUGAUGUUACAUGGAAAGGGCCGAUCUUUAAAAUUGAAUCUGUCCAAAGAAUGCAUUCUGGAAAUUAUACAUGUACAGCGACCAAUACUCUAACAGUUCCAAAAACAAACUCAGAGUCGAUGACACGAAUGGGUCAAGCAUUUACUAUUAUUGAUGUUUUGCGACGACCUGGUAAAGCAGUAAUAUCUGCCUCAAGCUCUGUGAUUGCAGUUGGAGAUAAAACAACAUUAACCUGCACAGCACUGGAUCCAGGCAGUCCGUUAGCCGAAUAUCGUUGGUCAUUAUUUUCCGGAAGUAGUUCGGAGUGGAAAAAUCCAAGCUACACUAUUGAACGCGCCACUUUAGCUGAUAAUGGUGAAUAUCAGUGCACGCCUUUUAACAAGAUUGGCGACGGUGUAGAAGAUAUCUUUACCUUACAGGUUAUCGAACCGUCAAAAAUAACGCGCCCUCUGCCAGACAGUCGUGUUUUUAACAGUGGUGAGAAGCUGGUUACUCUAAGUUGCGAAGCGCAAGGAUAUCCAGCGCCGGAGUUUGAAUGGGUGAAAGAUGGUCAAGUAAUCACUUCUAUUGAUGGCAGUGCUUCACACUGGUUAAUCACCUCGGAACGACUUGCUAAUAACUGUCCGAAAGAUGAUUAUUGCUCGAUCACAAGAGUUUCAUUUUUGAAUUUUAUGCAACCAUUAACGUGGACUGAUAAGGGUAAUUAUUCUUGUGUAUCUCGUAAUGGUUUACAAAAGUUCGCAACCAGUUCAAUAGCACUUAGCGUUAUCCAUGCACCUGUUAUACUAAAUGAACGGUACUCUAAAGAUGCUUUGGCGGCAGCAGAUAUUGGAUCAGUUGCGCGAAUCGUAUGCCGCGUGUCAGCACGUCCUGAACCAAGAUUUGUAUGGUUUCGGAAUGGAAGUGAAAUAAUACAUGAUAGCCAUUCACGAUAUUUUAUUCGAAACAGCGCAGUAAGUGGUAAAAUUGAUGAAUUUCGAUCAGUUUUGGAAAUUGCUGAUUCAGUGAUAUAUGAUCAUGGGCCUUACAUUUGUCGAAGCAGUAAUGAUAAUGGUCAAAAAGCAGAAUUAGUUAUUAAACUGCAAGCAAAAAGUAAGCCACAUCCACCUAGCAAUCUUCAUGUGGUGUCUUCAUUGCCUACUUCACUUCUUGUUGGUUGGCAUCCGAGUUUCGAUGGUGGCGAAGAACAAAGUUUCCAAUUUGAAUAUCGUAAAGUGAACCCCUUGAAAGGCAUUCCUGAUUCGACUGAACCUAUAACAAUUUAUAUUGAUAACCGGAAUGCAUCUUAUCUGACGUUAUAUGAAGAAGAUGACACUGGACUACGGUCAAAGCGAGCUUUUGCAUCCGUAUCGUUUAUGAUUUACAACAUUACUCAUUUGAAUCCGUUGAGCACAUACUGGUUUCGAGUCCGAGCUAAAAAUUUACGAGGUAAUAGCGAUUGGACUCCUGUGUCAACAGCAACUACUGCAGAUAUUCAAGAAAAUGCAGCAGUACCUCGACCAUUAACCCUUUAUUACAAUGAUGCCAAGAAGACAAUUGAUUUCGAAACCAAACAAUUGAAUAAUGACUUAUGUGUUUUGCUACUGAUUAUGGUUAGUAAAAGUAAACGAAGUGCUGGAAGUCUGAAAGGGACAGCAGAACAAAUCGGCAAUUGGCGUGUUCUGGACUGUUUUGAUCAAACUCCAGUUUACGAUGUUCCAUCCGUCGAUUACUUAAAAGCACGUUUGUGUCACAAACAAAAUCUAGCGAAUUGUUCAGCUGCUUCGGAAGUCAUUAUGUCAUCAACUUUAUUACCUUUUGGUUGGAAGUAUGGAUUACCAUUUGUUGCUGUGAUUGUAUUCCUUCUGCUAAUACUUUGCUUCGUAGCUAUCUGUUGGCAGAUACAGCGAACAUUCGACCCAAAAAAUAAGAAGGGGCAAAGUUUUGCUAGCAUUGAAAAAAAAAAUGAUGUAAACAUGCCCUUGUCUCAAUCGGAUACCAAAAAUACAUUUAUUCAUGGAUCUCAAGCAGACAGUGGAGUUUUCACUCUUGGGUCGACCCCUAAUACUAAUCAAGCCAGUGGGCAACUUAUUCAAAAUGCACAUGCAUUUUCGACAAUAACUGACGCAGUUACUGACCACUGGAAUCCGAAUACAGAAUCAUUUGCUUACAGUAAUGAUCCAUAUAUUCACGAAUUAGGUGCGCAGUAUCAAAUAUCACCUUCAUCACAUGAAAACAGAUAUGAUGGUUUUAUCAACAGGUAUGCAUCAAGUAACCAGCAACUGCACGAAAAUAGAACUGAUAUGGAUAAUCCUUCAGCGGUUAUACAUGACGAUCAUGAUAGUGAUGAGACAUCGUAUACAAUGAAUGGUACGAGAAGAAUUAUGAGAGAGAUCAUUGUUUAG